UGUCACUCUCACUUCUGAUAAAAACAAAAUCGUCUAUGGGCGAUCAGCGCUACUAGUUAGUAAAGCAAUGAACAUUGCAAUGCGUGUAGGUUGUGUUUUGUUUGAUUCUGUGUGAUUGGAAUAAACUGUACCAAAAUAAAGUAAACUUCGUAGAAAAUAAGUGCAAUAUAAAUCUAAACAAUAAAAUGGAUGUUGAAGAUAACAAAGCCGUGGGCAUGGCUCAAGAGGAGCACGAUGAUGUUUAUUUUGAUGGUGAUGAACAAGGCGAUGUCGACGAAAUGCAAGCUCGUUUCGGGCGUCCUGGAGCUUUUCGUGGUGGCAGAGGAGGAGCUAUUCCAAAUUGGGGACCAUUAGCUAUAUCUCGCUUUCGAGGAAGGGGAUAUGGUCCUACCGGACCACCAAUGAGAGGAGGACGAGGUGGUCCACCUCCAUUAUUUUUUCGUGGUCGCGGUGGUAGACCACCAUUUGGUCCAAAUGGACCAAAUGGCAUGGCAAACGGCCCACCAAAUUUUGAUGGACCAGCUUGGGGACCUUUAGGCCCUCCGGGAAUGAUGGGUCCAGGAGGACCUAAUGGACCAGGUGGCCCUCCUUUUGGACCCCCAGGUAUAAUGAGUGGACCAAUGGGCAUGGGACCACCUUCACAGAUGAUGGGUCCCAAUAACAAUAGUCCUUUUGGACCACCAGGAAUAGGACCACCGCCCAUGAUGUUAGAGUUGUGGGUAGAAACGAAGUCAGAUGAUGGUAAAUUCUAUUUUUAUAAUGCUUGUACCAGAGAAACAACAUGGACAAAACCUGAAGGACCAAAUGUCAAGAUAAUUUCUCAAUCAGAAAUUGAGGCUAUGAAUCAGAAUCAGAUGAUGUUGGGUCCAAAUCAUAUGGUUGAACCACAGCAGACUAUGCCUAAUCAACAAGCUGAAUGUAAAAAUGGUGACACAUCACCAGCAGAGAGUAGCAUCAAGCCCGGAGGUCCUAUUUCUGUACCUGAUAAUUCUAGUGAUGAUCAAAGUAUUCCAGCUGCUAUGUCUGUUAAUAUGAUGGGUUCCUCCAGUGUUAUGAAUAUGGGACCUAAUGGACCUACCGGAAUGACAUCAAAUUCAGGAGGUAAAGUAGCGCCCAAUGCGGGUAAUAUGAUGCCAGGCUUAGGUCCUGGAGGACCAUUUCCAGGAAUGCCUCCUAAUUUUGCUCCACCUCCGUUUGGUAUGCCACCUCCAACAAAUUGGUCAGGAAUGCCACCGCCACAGUGGCCAGUUGGUGGUCCGCCUCCUUUUUUGAAUAAAAUUCCUACUGCUUUAAGCAAUCUUCCAACGGCUGCUAAGGCAUCAGAGAAUGUUGUACCAACUAAUUCAUUGGAUCCCAUUCUUGUGGGAAAAGCAGCUGAAUGGACUGAGCAUAAAGCUCCUGAUGGACGAAGCUACUUUCACAACGCUAAGACAUCUGAAUCAGUAUGGGAGAAACCACAAGCUCUCAAGGACUUAGAAGCAAUCAAACUCAUACAACAGAAUACACAAGCUUCAGUUACGAUUAAUGCAGCCAUUUCUCAGUCAAGCAAUAAACCUCAAAUAACAGAACAUUCGAAAGACACUUCAGCAUCCCCUAAAGAAGGUGCUUCAGUUGCAACUGAUGGCAACAAAUCAAAGGAAGACUGCAAGACUGUAGUUGCUAAUGAAGUUAAAUCUGAUAAGGUUACAGUGACCCCAAAAAAAGAAGAAGAGAAAAAAACUGUGCAGAAAGUACAAGAUAAAAGUAAACCAGUCUCUAGCACACCGAUAUCUGGAACACCAUGGUGUGUUGUCUGGACAGGUGAUGGUCGUGUUUUUUUCUACAACCCAUCUAGCCGUACUUCUGUCUGGGAGCGUCCAGAGGAACUCUCUGGUCGUGCUGAUGUAGAUAAGGCUGUCUCGAGUCCUCCUCCUGUAGCUCAACCAGGUGCAACUAAUGCAGCGAUUGCCAAGCUUAAUGAAGCGAGUAAACAGACCGUGAAAAGAGAUCAAGAUGACGAUGGUGCUGAAUCUCCACCUAAUAAGAAAACAAAGAAAGAAGAAUCAGCUAUGUCCAGCAUUGCUGAUAAAAAACAUAUUGAUAUUGGCAAAGAAGCAGCAAUAGAAGCUGAAGUACGAGCAGCACGAGAACGUGCCAUUGUGCCCUUAGAGACACGCAUCAAAUCUUUCAAAGAGAUGCUACAAGAAAAAGAAGUAUCUGCAUUUAGCACUUGGGAAAAAGAACUACAUAAAAUCGUUUUUGAUUCUCGUUAUCUUUUGCUAACUUCAAAAGAGAGGAAACAAGUUUUUGACAGAUAUGUUAAGGAUCGCGCAGAAGAGGAAAGAAGAGAAAAACGUUCAAAAUUAAAGCAACGGAAGGAUGAAUUUAAGGCUUUGAUGGAUCAAGCACAUUUACAUGGAAAAUCAUCUUUUAGUGAUUUUGCUGCUAAAUAUAGUAAGGAUGAACGUUUUAAAAAUAUUGAAAAAGUUCGUGAACGUGAAGGCCUUUUUAAUGAAUACAUAAUAGAGCUGCGCAAAAGAGAAAAGGAAGAUAAGUUACAGAAAAGAGAACAGAUUAAAAAGGACUUCCUGAUGAUGUUGAGAGAACAUAAGGAUAUAGAUAGGCACUCGAGAUGGGCGGAUGUCAAGAAGAAAGUAGAAAAUGAUCCACGAUAUAAAAAUGCGGAUUCAUCAGCCACUCGUGAAGAUUGGUUCAGAGAUUAUUGUAGGAUACUCAAAGAUGAGCGUAAACGCGAAAAGGAGAAGGAAAAGGAGAAAAAAGAGUCCAAGGAGCGCAAAGAACGUAAGGAUUCAUCAUCUAAACAUGAAAAUAAAAAAGAAUCGGGUAAGAAGGAUGAAAAAAAUGUGAGUGCGGAUUCAGCAUCCGUAUUAUCUUCUGGGGAGCAACUGAGUGAAGGAGAGGGAUCUCAUAAGGAGCGCACACUAAGCAACAACAGUAUGACUGAAGAGGAAGACGAAAAGCAAAAGGAAAGAGAAAAGAAAGCACGGGCAGAGCAGAGCAUAAGAGAGAGGGAGAAGGAAGUGCAGAGAACUCUAGCUACUCACAUGAGAGACAGGGACAAGGAGAGAGAACAUCACAAGCGGGAUGAAGCCGUGCAGCAUUUUACGGCGCUUUUAUCUGAUUUGGUACGCACCGGUGAACCAACAUGGCGUGAGGCAAAACGGCUUCUUCGUAAAGAUCACCGAUGGGAUUUAGCUGAUCUUCUUGAUCGGGAAGAAAAGGAACGGCUAUUUGAUACGCAUAUGGAACAACUGAAUAAGAAGAAACGUGAUAAAUUCCGUGAAAUGCUUGAUGAUCUGCAGCAGGUAACAUUAACUAGCAGUUGGAAGGAAGUGAAGAAGAUAAUCAAAGAAGAUCCUAGAUACACCAAGUUUUCUUCAAGUGAAAAGUGUGAACGAGAGUUUAGAGACUAUAUGAAGGAUAAACUUGGUCUUGCAAAGGUGGCUCUGAAGGAGCUUUUGCAAGAAACAAAACUUAUAACACAUAAAUCAUUAGCCACUGUGAAAGAAAAUCCACAACAUUUAACUGAAAUUGAGAACCUAUUAACCAUGGAUAAAAGGUAUUUAGUUUUAGAACAUUUAGGUACUGAAAGGACUAAUAUAGUCAUGAACUAUUUAGAAGAACUUGACAAGAGGGGGCCGCCGCCUCCUCCUACAGCAUCUGAACCUACACGAAGACUUAAGUAGAUUUUACAAAGGCAAUAUUUAGUUGCAUACAAAUAAUGUUUUUAUAGUAAAUA